AUGCCCCCCUCCCGGAGUUCUUCCUCCAGCACCCUGAUGCCGGCUGCACGCGAUUCGGACACUGCGUCCAUCCGUCCUCGCAACCGCCGCCUCGUCAGCACCCAACACGAUGGGGGGUCGUCUUCAUCCCUGGUGACCACCAGCCGAACCCCCAGCCGUGGCGCUUCCCCCAUACCGCAGGCACGCAUUGGGUCCGUCACAGGGAGGAAUAAUGGCAAAGUAGAUGUGGUACAAAGCCCUAAUCGGGGAAAGAAUGCCGGCCUUGGCCGUGGAUUGCUUGACGGAUCAUGGACGCCGAGUUGGGCCUCCGUUCAGGAGCUGGCUUCAUCCCUCCUGGCUGGGGGAGGGCCAGAUGCUGACGGGGACUCGCAUCAUGUGCGCGGCAGGGAUGGAAGCAGACCACGACGACCGACAGUGCAAACUGGGAAUGGGAAGGAUAGUCGGUCCGCAACUUGGGGGCCGGCACCACCAAGCGAAGGGCGACCGCGGGCAGACGAUAUUGGUGCGGGGUCACGGGCCGAGAGAGAAGCUGCGCUCAAAGCCAUGCGGACGGCCAGCGUGCUAGAGAGCCACGAAGGGGUCAACGGAGGACUCGAUGUUGCGAGACGUUUCAAGAAACGAAGUUCGGACGAAGAUUUGAGGAGCACUUCGGAAAACCAAGAGACGGAAGAAUACCUGGCUUACAUCCACCACGUUCAGAAGAGCGAUACAUAUGCCGGCGUUGUGCUGAAGUAUCGGUGUCGGGAAGAUGCCUUCCGGAAAGCCAACGGUCUCUGGUCACGGGACAACAUCCAGGUGCGGAAAUGGUUGGCUAUACCGGUGGAGGCCUGCGAGGUCCGAGGGCGGCCGUGCGAUCCGCCAACUAACCCGUCGUCUCGGGUGGAUCUACUCUCGAAAACCCCGGAUGCGACCGAUCCGUUCGGCGGGGACGCUCAACAAACACAGGGCUUCUUCCCAAACCACUCCCAGGACAACCGUCAGGAACAAACACAAGUCACUGACGAUAACAAGCCGUGGACGAACGUACGAUGGGUAUCCCUCGACUCACACCCUCAUCCAGUUGAAGUGGCCCGAGUACCUCGGAAAUCUCUCGGCUACUUCCCCCCACGACGGAAGAAAAGCGUGCACACACUCUCCACGGUCUCUAGCCCGCGAGUGUCUAGUGAUUUACCCAACGUCGCAGCUUCCGAGCCCGCCGUCGAUAGCCCCCGCAGUGCCUCCUCUCGCCGGCCUAGCGUCCUCACCUCCCAGCGCCUCGCCGCAACCACGAGCAAUACCCCCAACCGAUCCCGUCUCAACAGUACCGGCAGCAGCGCCAGCGCGGACGCCGCAGACCCUCGGCCAGCAUGGAUGCGCCGCCCAGGAGGCGUCGGCUCCAUGGGCCGCCACGUGCGCGCCCCCGGCCCAGAGCGGGACUACCUUAACACUUGGACCAACAAACACAUCCCAGGUCUCAACAUUGACUCCCUCCCGUCCAUGUCAGUCAUGGGCUCAGAAAUUGCCCGGUUCGGCUUCCACCGCUCCGCUGAGACCUCCACCGUAGCCAUCGCUGAGAGUCCAUUCGAGGACGGUCGCGAUGCGUCGAAUACUGGCAAACAGCAAGGCACCGGGCUUGACAAGGCGGCGCUUGCGGUCGAAACCUGGUUGAGGGGUGCCUUUGAGCGGGCUAGGCAAGGGCCGCUAACUCCUGUAUUGGGGCCUCGGGGAGGCGGAGGAAGGUCAGGUGGAGGAGGUGUUAGUGGCGGUGCCAUGAUACCGGAUGUUGGUGGAGAUUUGAUCGAAUUAACAGAUACGGGCAGUGAUGACGGACGUCAUAAUGCGGCCGCCGGGGCUUGGGAAACAAGUGAUUUGCUUGGCUCUCCACCCUCGGCGGGGGCAGGAGGCGAUGCAAGGCCCCCCACGACGACGAUAACCAUGCCCAUCUGCAUAGAGUGCCGCCACCCGGUCAAGACGCUCUGGCGCGAGGGCGGCGGCGACAAGUCAGGUGGUCACAACAUCCGGUUGACGGUAUGCAAGAACUGCGGGCGGUUCUGCGACAAGUAUGUCGAGCAUGACUUUGUCGUGCUGUUUAUUGAUCUGGUUUUGAUCAAGCCGCAGGUGUACAGGCACUUGCUUCAUAAUACCUUAAUGAAAGAAGAGGACAAGUUUGCGCCUUCGAUAAUACGACUCGGCGUGCUACUUCUGUUGUUCGACGUCUACCUCACUUGGGCGCGUAUCGAGCGUCAAUCUGUUCCCGACGCCGGCAGUUCCGACAAAACCACCAAUCACAACAAUAACAACAAUGCCAACUUGGGCCGUCUCACGCAACAACCCAUAGUCUUCCAAUACAUGUUCUUCCUCAUCCUCUGUGCCCUCUCAACAAUCGCCUUCCACAGCUCCAUCCGCUUCCUCACCUCCUCGCGUUACUCCCCACUCAGCUUUCUCGGCCUCCUCCCACGCUACACCCGCCCCAACUCCGUCUCAACAGCCCUGCUCGUCUCCUCCUCGACUAAACUCUUCCCCAUCCUCAUGGUGAUUUGGGAAUACGACGUACCCGCCGCGGCCCGCUCGCUCGGCUGGGCCGUCGUGGCAAAUAACGUCGAGGCGCUUAAGAUUCUGCUCGACUGCGGGUAUGGCGUGGCGGCGCUGCUGGCGAUGGCCGGGGCAUUGAGUCGCUGGGCGAUGGGUCGUGCCGUGCUGUGGGCGGCGGGCCUGGAUGGGGUAGACUCGGCAGGCGAGACGGGAGUGGCGGAGGAUGGGCGGGCGUUUGUGGCUAUGUUGAUGUACGCGAGGGAAUGGGCGGGGAGGUUGGCUGUAGGUUAG